GCUGUUGUGUUGUGCUGCUGCUGUUGUGGUUGUGGUUGUGCUGCUGUGGUUGUGCUGCUGUGGUGGUGGUUGUGUUGUUAUGGUUGUGCUGCUGUUGUUGUGGUGCUGUGGUGGUGGUUGUGCUGUUGUUGUGGUUGUGGUGGUUGUUGUGCUGUUGUUUGCUCGUCCACUGCGCGGCUGCGUCUAUGUGAGGCGAUGAGGCCGACGCCGGGUACUGAUCCGACACUUCUACUCCCACCCGAGUGGAGGUGUCUCGGCUGAAGGUCCCGGUCUCUAACGAGCACAAGGCAUGUGGGAGGAGGACCCGGAGCUCACAGAUAGAUCCCCUGGGCAUGACGGUUUCGCGCCCAAAGCUCCACACAGACGCAUUCAAGAAACAAUCGCUCUUCUGUCAUCUCGCAGCCUAAGCCGAUAACACCUGGUGUUCUCGCACAGUGUCCCGUAAAAGCACUAACCAGGAUACAUGAUGGCAGUGACGGAACAUUUGAAGAGAGCUUCAUAAACGACACUCACCUUGUUUUAUGCAGACACAACUGUUGUUCUUACACAGAAAUGAAAGUAUGGAAUUGCGAUUCAAGGGCAUUGUAUAACCACUGUGUUCACAACACAUUAAUCCUCGGAAAAAGUGGUUCUAUGAACACAGCAUCUUUUUACUUGCCCGUCCAACUGAUUUCAUUUGAAGACUGCAUGCUCUCUUGAGUUCCGAGUGCGCUGCUGGCAUGAAUUUAAAGGCCGAUGGGAACCACGAGGCAGCUCCUGCAGCGAACGGCCCCAGUUCUGUACAGACGUUGAGAACGAUGGAGCUCAAGGGUCCGGUGGUCUCCGAGAGUCCUUGUGAUGCUGCCGAGAAGACAGAGAAGACGAACGAUGGAAUCUCUGUCCCGGUGCUGCAAGUCGGUGACCCGGAUGCCGCUCACCCCAGGUCGAGGGGCAAAACAAGUUCUCUUUGCUUGGGCCAGUCCGAUGCAAGCGGCGCCUGCGCGGUCAGCGAGAGCUCUCGCAGCCUGCCGCCGGCGCCGUCGUUCGGCUCCGCGCGGUACGAGGCUGGUCACGGCGUGCGGCGCCCCUUGCCCGCGCCGCGACCCGGCUGCAACGGCGACCUGGGCGACGUCCCGGACGGGUUGCAGGGCUGGCACGGCAGGACGGAUGGCCUGAGCCUGUCCAGCACCAGCACCGAGCUGUCGGGCAGCGUGAGCCUCUCGGACUUUUCUGGGAUGCACCUGGACAGCGCCUCGAGCGCCAUCGUGCCACUGCACACGGACGAGUCGAUGUUCAUGGACGUGAACCUACACGCGCGCAACAGCUGCGAGUGGGCUCCUGGGCAGAAGGCCGAGCCGCGGCCUCCCGGUGCCGAGCCGACGCACGCACCCCAGGGCAGCCUGCAGGGCCUCAGCGGAUUCUUCUCCCGGAGCUUGUUUGGGGCCAAGGUGCCGAGCUCCUCGGUGGGAGCGGGCCCGAGCGUGCCGGGGUGGAGGCUGUUCGGCAGGGUCCCGGUGCGCAGUGGCUCCAACCGCGACUCUCGAGCCAUCCAAAAGGAGUACGAGGAUCGUGCGCGACGCUCGUCAGCGGUGCUGUCAGGGCCACCGGUGGUGAGGAGGCCCCUGGAGUUCGAGCCCCUGUCCACGACGGCGCUCAUCCUGGAAAACCGCCCCGCUCACCUCCCCGCCAAGCCCCCGGACGAGGCAGAGAGACACCAGCAGCUGUACGAUGAGAUGGUGCUGCAGGCCAAGAAGAGAGAGGUACGAGAAAUGCAGAGGCGUAAGAAGCAGCUGAAGGAGCGGUGCAAGCAGGAGGAGAACAUCUCCAUCUCGGUUGCCGUGUGGAACACGGAAAUUCUGCCCCACUGGGACCGCACGAGGCAGACCCGGAAAGCCAAGGACCUCUGGUGGCAAGGCAUCCCUCCCAGCGUGCGGGGCAGAGUGUGGAGGCUGACCAUCGGCAAUGAGCUCAACAUCACACACGAGCUGUACGAGAUCUUCCUUUCUCGAGCAGAAGAACGGUGGAAAAGCUUCAGUGAGACGAGCUCCAACGUUGAAGCUGAAGAGGCUGCUGCUGCUGCUGUUGCUGCCACAGCGGAGGCCGACCGGGAGGCCAGCCUGGAGCUCAUCAAACUCGACAUCUCGCGCACCUUCCCCACGCUCUGCAUCUUCCAGAAGGGUGGACCCUACCACGACGUGCUGCACAGUGUGCUGGGCGCCUACACCUGCUACCGGCCGGACGUGGGCUACGUGCAGGGCAUGUCCUUCAUUGCUGCUGUGCUGCUGCUGAAUAUGGACACGGCCGAUGCCUUCAUUGCCUUUGCCAACUUACUGAACCGACCCUGCCAGAUGGCCUUUUUCCGCGUUGACCAUGGCCUGAUGCUCGCUUACUUUGCAGCCUUUGAAGUUUUCUUUGAAGAAACCCUCCCACAGCUCUUUUCACAUUUCAAGAAGAACAAUUUGACUCCAGAUAUUUAUUUGAUCGACUGGAUCUUCACCCUCUACAGCAAGUCGCUGCCCCUGGACGUCGCGUGCCGCGUCUGGGACAUCUUCUGCCGUGACGGGGAGGAGUUCCUCUUCCGCACGGCGCUCGCCAUCCUGCACCUGUACGACGACGUGCUGCUGCACAUGGACUUCAUCCACAUGGCCCAGCUGCUGACUCGCCUCCCCGAGGACCUGCAGGCCAGCGAGCUCUUCUCUUCCAUCUCGGCCAUCCAGCUGCAGAGCCGCAACAAGAAGUGGAGCCAGGUGCUCGCCACCCUACUAAGGGACUGCAGGGACUCGGGCAGAAGCAGCAAGGCCAACAGCCCCAGCCUGAGGCACUGAGCCCCCCGGGGCAGCUCCAGCAGCACCUCCCUCGCCGCCCAUGCGCCGCGAUGAUCGUCUCCGUGAAUGCCGGGAGCCGCAUCAGGAAUCGUGCCUUGCUGACAACACAGACUGCUGGGUGGGACUCGCGACUCGUGAAGGAAUGGGUUCACUGAUGCUCUCGACAUCGCAGCAGACAUCCUUUAUCCAAAUGAAUUGCCGUUAGCAGCUUUUUAAAUAAAUGUAGAAUACUGUACUAUCUUGCACUUCUUUUUAUUCAGGGAAAAUUACUUGUUAUUGAUCAGGAAGUGUUUGUUUUGCUGUUCUGUUGCUGUUUAAAAGUGUUUUUUCUAUUCAAGUUUUGUUCUUUCAGUUUUGUGAGCAAUAACCAUUUAUUUAAUGUGGGACCACGGAGACUUUCAAGGGUCAUUGCUGCUCCUAGGUCAGGUUUUAUGAACUAUUUAGGAGCAUUCAUUAUUCACCGAGCUGAGCAAGAAGAUCAACUAAGUGAAGAAGCUCAACACAUUCAUUGAAUAAUUGUUGGUUGAUAAGGGCGCAGAAUAGCCACAUUCAGACAAAUCUCAAUUGAGAGAAAUGCCCCAUUUUCCUGCCUUAAAUGUUACAUUUAUCGCAAAUUUUAAUUGUCCUUGGAGCCCAACGUGGGUUGGAGCUAGGGGUGCAGUUUGCACAAGAAUCAAACGACUAGAUUUCCAAAACUGUAGAACACAACAUUAGAUCCUCAUUGCGGUUCUCCAUCUUGCACAAUCCAAAUCGCUCCAGCUAAUGCGACGUUCAGAGAUUGAGGGGUUCGUCGUGGCUUUCAUGAAUAUCCCUUACGUCGCAGUUGUGCUUUGCAUAACAACGUGGCAGAAGGCUCCCCCGUUGCGGUGCAAAGUCAUCAGGAGAUCACUCGGAGUGCUUUCUGAGGACGAGCGCUCCCAAUCAAACCUAGGCCUCCAAGGUGUUCAUUUAAUUUUAAAUGUGGUUUUAAUCACAACUCGGUAGGUGUGACAUCAAUGUGAUUGGGUAGCAUAUUGUGAACUGACCUUAUAAUGAAUGUACCUUAGCAUUUUACUUAACGUAUGCGUUUGUUUAGGAAAUAAUGCAAUGAGUUUUUUGUGAGUGGCUUAUGUGUUUCCUGAUUGCAGUAGAACUUCGUUGGUUUAUUCCAUACUGGUCACAAAUCCUGCUGCCCACAGGGGUCAGCAGACCUGCGGUUCUCCCAGUUGUGCGCAGAGCUCCCAAGAUUCGCGAAGCGUUAAAAUCUUCGACGGAAGCGGUGGCAAAACGCGGUCUCUGUGCUGCAGCCGGUUGUCAAGUGCUGGCGACUCCCUAGGGGGCGCGCCAAUGUCUCUCUCCCGUGUGCCUGUCCGAGGCGCAAGGCGAAUGGUGGAAAUUUAAACUGGUUCAUGAAAGUCGGGAGGUUCGCACAUUGAAUACAAUACUCACCCAAGUGAUGACCUGUAUUCAUCAGAUCUUUAUUCAAAUAGUGGGCUCCUCCAUUGAAGACAAUGGGGAUGCUGCCACUUUAUAGGAAUCGUAUGGAGAGGAGCAAUGUAAAAUGAGAAUGCCCUUGUUAUGCACGAUGUGAGAAUAAUAACAUAGGUCCUGUCCUUGAUACAACGUUACUAAACAUGGGAUAUUCCAAUGGGUAAUUAUUUAGCUAACACAGGAAAUGUGCCUUGAUGUUGCAAGCAAUUCCCUAUGGCCCAUGAUGCUGCAGAUCAGAGGGAAACGUCUGUUACUUGACCUGUAUCUCCUGCAGAGCUUCGUGAAAGGGGAAAUAGGCGGUGACACGGUCACCACUUGUUGAAAAGCUUCACGGUUCGUGUUACAGUGGCCGUCCGGAUUAAUACUGCUGUGUGUUAACGAUAACAAUACUCAGCGCCGUCGUCUUCACAAUCGACGUUCAAGAUACCGUGAAGUAUUUCACAAGAGUAGGCCAGUGUGCCGGUGUUGUGGUCCAUUUUUUUAUUUAGCUGCAAAUUACUCAAUUGGAAUAUACAUGGCGAUCAUGAUGCCCUAUUUGCAGGACCACCCUGAACAGUCUUGCCAGUGAGGCUUUAAUUGGUAAAUAAGCGUAAUGAUGACAAUAAUGAGUGGGUGAAGGUGAUGCUGCACCCAGACAACGCCGUCAGUCGGCAUAGCCCGCCGUGUUUGCGUAUCGUGCCUGAUGCUCGUGGCUCUGUGGAUCCCCGUGGCGAUCAGACUCAACCUGUGGAUCAAGUGAUAUCAAGGGAACCCUCUUAUCUGCCAAUUUGGUCAUUCACAACAGCACCCUAUGUCUGUGGAUAAGAAGCAUUCUGCCGUGCUUUUGCCGAAGCCACUUUUAUCAUCCGCUGAAGAACAAAUGGAUACCCACUAUAAUCUUGAUUUCUAAACCUGUUUAAAUGCAACCGUAUCUCAAGAUGCUGGGCGACGUUAAAUGUUGUGCCGUACCAAUUCUUGCAUGUGCAAUACCCUGCAGAAAAAGCAAUUAUUUAUAGUUCUCACCUGUACCCAAUUUCAAAAGGCGGACGUGUCUGUGUUACAAUAAUAUAGGUACCUUAUCAGUUUUUUUAGGACCGCUGUGAACUAAAUGUAAUGCGGUAUACGUUUGUACAAUUGCAAUGGUGUAUAUAAUCAGUAAAUUAAAAAUAUGGUCGGAUUGUGUAAUUGUUCCAGUUGGUGUGCGGGUUGGCACGGUACACAUGUAAGCAUUUUAACGCGUGCAUUGCUGAAUAUUGCUGAAGGAAACCACACCCAGGGGUGGGCACUGGGUUUAAUAAAGUGGUAUGAUGACAAGGA